GGAUCUCUCUCUCUCUCUCUCUCUCUCCCCCCCUCUCUCCCUCCCUCCUUUUGAGUCUUGUGUAUUUAUUCCUUUUCUAUUUUUUUUCCUGCCUUUCCGUCCAAAACUUGGCCACCACUGGAAACCUUUUCUUUUUUUUAUAUAGUUCUUGUAAUUAAAGCAGCUUGUGCUGUUUGUUGCUGAUCUUCACGCUGCUACAAUUCUCACAGCUCUUUCUAAGCUGCCAUGUCUUUCAGGGGAGCAAGUCGGCCCAAUGCAUCAUCCGGCAUGGGUGUUGCUGAUCACAGCAAAAUAGCAUUCGUGGAACUACAGAGGAAGAAGGUCCAUCGGUAUGUGAUCUUCAAAAUUGAUGAAAAGAAGAAGGAGGUUGUGGUGGAGAAGACUGGCGGGCCAGCUGAGAGCUAUGAAGAUUUCACUGCAUCUUUGCCUGAGAACGACUGUCGAUACGCUGUUUAUGACUUUGACUUUGUGACGUCUGAGAAUUGUCAAAAGAGCAAGAUCUUCUUCAUUGCAUGGUCUCCUUCAACCUCUCGAAUCCGUGCAAAGAUGCUCUAUGCCACAUCUAAAGACAGAUUUAGAAGGGAGCUGGAUGGUAUUCACUAUGAGAUUCAGGCUACUGACCCUACAGAGAUGGAUCUUGAGGUGAUCAGAGAACGUGCAAAUUAAAGAGUCUCUGACAUUAAUGGUUUCUUCCAUGGAAAACAAAGUUGUGAAGCUCUUGCCAACUUACGGAUUAAAGCCCUCUUGUUCCCUUAAGCUAUGCACAGGAUCCUUGUGUGAACAAGAUAAACUACCUGUUACUUAAAUAACUAGCGUUGGGAAAUACUGAUAGAAGCUCUGUGCUAUUAUUGUGGAAAUUAAAUUCAGUUUCCUUAAAGCAUGUAAGUUGGUGGAUACUUGGCAAUCCUACAUAUUUGUAUCCUUUAAAUUUCUUCUAUUAGAUACUCUUGUUUCCUU